CCGCUGCCGGGGCUUCUUCGCUGGGGAGAAGCGAGUGUGUGCGGGGCGGGGGGAGCCCCGCACGGGCAGGUCCGCAGCGCCGCCGCCCGCCAUGAGCCGCUCCCGGAGCUUCGCCUCCCCGCGUAGACAAAUAAAAACAUAAAGGGGGCAGGGCGCGGGAGCCCGCGGCAUUCCCGGCGCGGGGAACACGCGUGUGUGCGGGGGGCCCCCCGCCGCACCGCAGCGUGCGGGCGCUGAGCGCGAUGCGCCCCGGGCUGAGCUCUGCGGAAUAGCGCGGCCGCCGCUCGCCGUCCGCGGGCUGGACGGACCCGACCGCUGGCAAUUCCCUAUUGAUGUCCAUGAAUGCAAACACCAUGAUUUUCAUGAUCCUGGGCGCCUCUAUCGUUAUGAGUUGACCAGAUGCCUUGGUUAUGGGCUCUUACAGGCAAUAGCUUGCUUGAUGGACAUGAAUGCGUUGUUGGACAGAUUUCACAAUUACAUCUUACCGCAUCUGAGAGGGGAAGACCGAGUUUGUCACUGCAACUGUGGAAGGCAUCAUGUCCAUUAUGUUAUCCCAUACGACGGGGAUCAGUCAGUGGUGGACUCCUCGGAGAAUUACUUUGUGACUGACAAUGUAACCAAGCAAGAGAUUGAUCUGAUGCUGGGACUUUUGCUGGGCUUUUGUAUAAGCUGGUUUCUGGUGUGGAUGGAUGGGGUUCUCCAUUACGCAGUGCGAGCCUGGAGAACCAGCCGACGGUAUGACAAUUCCUGGUCUUGGAUUCCCAAAUUUUGUAACUUAAAGGAGUUCAGGAAACGUCACCACAGGCAGUACGAGGAGGCCACCGGGAACAUGGUGCACAUCAAACAGAAGCUGUACCACAACGGGCACCCCAGCCCACGGCACCUCUGAGGAACGCCUUCCCCUCCAGAGACUGCAGCGAGCUUUUGAAGAGGACUUUGCUCUUUUGGCAGGGGAACCAGCUACAGGUUUGCUCCUCUGUGGAAGCCAGCUGAGAACACGGUUCUACUCAUCCACCCCGUGUGUCCCCGGGGCACACCAGGAUGCACAACUAAGCCGGUCCUGGAUGCUACGCAGCCAAGACAUUGCACUGUGUUCCACGUUUUAUUGUCAGACUUGUGUACAUAUGUAAAAAGCAAACAGACACAAAAGAGAAAAGAGAUUUGCAUUAUACUGUCAGCCCCCUUUUCCUGCCAGUCACGGCUGUCCUGCACAUCCAGCUACCCGACAAGGAAUGUUGGCUGAGGGUAUGGAGCUGGGACAACAUGGAGAAGAUGCAGAGUUUCUCAUCCAGGAGCUUGAGUCCCCCUGUUCCUUUGGUCCUUCAGCUUGGUUUUGCUCUGCUCUGUUCCUUCCCUUGACUAGAAUGGCUUGGCUGGGCCCAGGUUUGGAAGGGGACUGCUGCCCGCUGGUUGUGGAGGCACAGCAUCCCUGUUGCUUUGGUUCCUGGUAUGGGGCGUUGUUGGGGGGGGAAGGAAGUCCUGGGAGUGUAUAACUGAUCUGUUGUUUGCAUUGCUGUACACUGAAACCUGCCUUAAGCAAGCCAAGACAUCUCAGUACCAGGGGAACAGCACUGUAAGGGAUCGGUCUGUCUAAUGGGGCUGGUGCUGCCUGGUUUCCACCACUUUUAUACUGGUGGCACCUGGCUGAUGCCACUGCUGUUGUUCUUCACCAGUGCUGCAGAGGAGAUGCUCCUGAUGGGGGGGAGAAGUGUAUUGAGUUGAACAAUGUUGGAUCUGACUCACACCCUGACCAUACCCCUCUGCUCCAUAAACCACCACCCACCCCUUGCCUGGAGGAAAGGAGCUGCUCUCCCCUCUGCUUCGAGGGUGAGCCCGAGGCCCGGGUUCGUACCACCCUAGGAAUGAGGAUAGAGAGGGUCCUGUUACCAGUCUUCACUCUUCCUGCACAUGAACAGCCACCUUCUUCUUGUGUUCCUGCUCCAAGCUGAAAUAACCUCAGCACCAGGGUGGGCUUGGCUUGAGGAACACAGAGAGAUGUGGGCCUGGAGCUAAACUCAUCCACAGAGCCCGUAAUGGGUGGAAUCAAAGAGCGAGGAUGCUCUAACGUGGUUUUGCCUUUGCUUCCCCUGGUCACAGCUUAGGUGUGGGUUUCAAGGUAGCUCUCCAGUGUCUGAAACCAACCUCAACAGCCGGAGACCUCCUUCACUUGCAGUAAGAGUUGGCUGAAUGUGUUGCUAAAGCCCAUGUGCACCAAGACAACGGGGUGGUAUCUGAUUCCUGUAGCAGUCCUGUUCUGCUGGGGGACAGAAGCAAUGCCCCAGCCUGCAUUGCUUUGGCACAGGCUGGGCAGCAGGCAGCAGUAUCCCUGCUAACUGAAGUGGGAAGAGAGGGAUUUCAUGGAGAGGAAUAAGGGAGGGAGAUGCUAGCCCCAAAUAUUGAAGGUGGUAGCCCUGCAUCCCAAUCAUUUCUCCUUCAUUCAUCAUUCUGUAUUGAGUGGGCUUGUGUUUAAAUGGGGAAAACAUCCAGAACAAAGGGAUGAGGAAUACUACCAGAUGCUGCUGUUUUCUUCUAUGGAUUCCUUGAAUCUGUCAGUGGCCUCCUAUUGUUUGAUUGCUCUCCUGCUCUAGCAACUGGCCUUAGCUGAGCUAUCAUUAAAUACGAGAUUUCCAAGGUUAAGUCUGAUCCAUACUGGAACUGCAGAAGAACAGGAGGCUCUGGAAUAGCGGGAAGAACAUCUGGUGUGAUAUUCCCAUUGUUCAGAACAGAUUGGAUUUAACCUGCUGUGCCUGCAGCUAUUACCCUCUCUCUUGGUUGCACGUAGUCAGAAAAUCAACCAAAACACCCUCUCGGUGCAAUUGGGUUUACUGGGAGUAAUUCCCUCGUCCUGCAGUCAAAGGAACCAGAGAUACCCUCAUAGGGCAAGGUUGUCCCAGCACUAAACCAAUGGGAUUAAUCCUGGGGAACUGAACAGGGCUUUGAGUCUCAUCCUGGAUAAAUAAGGGGAAAGUUGCUUCCUGUGCAGUAAGGUCAGGUCCUAUUCCUGACCCGAAGGAUCUGGUGCAUCUUCUGUGCAGGAAGGAUGUCAAG